AAAUAGUUAAAUUUUUUGUUGACAAAAAUAUGGCGACUUGUUAUUCGAAGAAAAAAGAAGCUGAUCUGAGGAAGCAAGGGUGAUUUUGUUCCGUCGAGUCGUAAUAUCAUCAUGUCACUUCUUAAUCAACUCUUUAGCAGAGGCGUUUUUUCUACUCGAUGUAAAACAUGCCUCAACCUCGCAAUUUCUCGCAUGAAGUUGCUACAAAACAAGCGAGAUGUUCAACUCAAACAAAUGCGCAAGGAGAUUUCCCAAUUUUUGCAGGCUGGCCAAGAACCAAUUGCUAGAAUUCGGGUGGAACAUAUCAUUCGAGAACAAAAUAUAUGGGCUGCAUAUGAAAUAUUGGAGUUAUUCUGCGAGUUCGUCCUUGCACGUGUACCUAUAAUUGAGAGCCAGAAGGAAUGCCCGUCGGAAUUGCGAGAAGCCAUUGCAAGUAUAAUUUUUGCUGCUCCUAGGUGUUCUGAUAUACCAGACUUAUUGCACAUCAAGAACUUGUUUACUACUAAAUACGGGAAAGAAUUUGUCACUGCAAUAUCUGAACUUCGUCCCGAUUCAGGCGUGAACCGCACUAUAAUUGAAAAACUAUCAGUUAGUGCUCCAUCUGGAGAGAUAAAACUCAAGGUCUUGACAGAUAUUGCAGAAGAAUACAAUCUAGCAUGGGACUCUUCUAAUACUGCAGCAGAAUUUAGGAAAAAUCAUGAAGAUCUUCUGGGAGGAGCAAAGCAAGUUGGUGUUGGAGCUGCACUUUCUCAUGCUCCCAGCAAAAACAAUUCCAAUAAUUUGUCAGCUAGUAAUACGGAACAGUCUAUCAAAUCUACACAUGAUAAACAACAAUACGAACAACUUGAAGCUUCUAUUCCUUCUAACAAUAAUUCUUGGUUGAACACUAAAGAAAUUGAGCAGUCACACAAAAAUAACGACGUCCAAUUCAAUGAUACUAAAACUGAGACCAUAUUUCAAUCCUCUGAUAUAUUGGAGAAGGCUCGAGCCGCCAUAGCUUCUGCAAAUCGUGCAACUGCAGCUGCUCGUGCUGCUGCUUCACUUGCACAUAGUGACUUUGGAUCAUUGAAGCUGGAAGGUGAAUCUUCAUAGUUCUCUAAAUCGAUGAACUUUGCUUGGUAUCUCAAGGUUGGAACAUCGUUAAGACCUUACUGCGGUAUUUACUGUACAUUCUAUAAUCGAUACACGUAUAUUAUUAUAUUAUUGUGCAUGAUGAAGUGAAAGAUGUUAAUGCAAGUAUGUAUAUUUAUUUUUAUAAUGGUUAUAUCGGUUGAACAAUUUGGGUGCUGCACCUUGUAAAUCCUGACAUGGUGUGAGCACAACAGAACUUUGAUGUGCUUGGAUUGUUUUGUUAAAGCAACAAAAGUUAAAGCCAAAUUCUCUGUU